AUGGCCAUGGCGACCCGGCGCGGGGCGCUCCUGGCGAGGCGCCUGGCUGGGACUCUGAGGCGCUCCCAGGCAUCUGCGGUGGCUGUGCUGAGAUGUUUCUCUGAUGCCCCAGGGCUCACGCAGCUUGAGAAGCAGAAGAAGAAGAAGAGCAGCGACCAGUACCUGGACAUGCACUCGCUGGUGAACCGCCUGCGCGAGUUGUUCCCUCCCGCACCGGCCAUGGGUGCGCCGAUCAACGGCGACGUGGUCACGUCCGUGUCAGAGACUCUGCAGAACGUGAAGCUGAACCCACGUGAGUGGCAGCAGCAUGCCGUCUACCGGCGGGGACGCUACACCAGGAACAUUGUCGGUUACUCCCCGAACCAAUUCAUAGUAUUGCUGCUUUGUUGGGAGCGGGGUCAACAGAGCCCCAUCCACGACCACGCAGGAGCCCACUGCUUCAUCAAGAUGCUAAGUGGGCAGCUGCAGGAGCGGAAAUUCGCUUGGGCACCCAACGGUUCCGCUGGCCCCCAGGCAGGCCCGCCUGGCUUUAUGGAUGCCUCCGAAGUGGCGAAGAGCGUCAGCUUCAUGCACGACUCACUGGGCCUCCACCAGAUCGAGAACCCCAGUGAAAGUGAUGUGGCAGUCUCCCUUCAUAUCUACUCCCCACCCUUCCAGGAGUGUCACAUCUUUCCCCCCACCGGAGCACCGCCCAAGAUAGCGCCUAUGGUCAAUGUCUUCGUUCCUGAGGGGAUGCAGAAGGCCGCAGAGGAGUCCAAGAGCCUCAGCUUGCAAGACUUCUGCAGCAAGCUAAGUGACCUUCGAGCGCAGGAAGGCGAUGGCAAAGCCCAGCUGCACUCCGUGCUGGACCUGCUGGUGUCGGCCGAAAUGACGGACAUGGAGUGGGCGUCCUAUGCAAGCCCGAUGCAUUUCAGCGAGUUUCAUCCUGUCCAGCACAUCAUCCACUGCGACGACGAGUUUUCCGUUGUCAUUUCUUGCUGGAGCCCUGGGCAGAAGAUCCCACCACACACUGUUGGGCGAGGCCGCGUGAUGUGGUUGAAAGUUCUUCAUGGGAAUCUCCUAUUCCAGGAGUUCUCACCUGGCCUCUUCCCGUGGGAGAGCGAUGUGGAGCGUCAGACGGAGCUGGGCGAGGGCUCCGCCAGCUUCCUGGAGGAGUGUGGAGUCCGCAUGCACGACCUGGCGAAUCCCAGCGAGACUGAGCCAGCAGUCUCGAUUCAAGUUUUCUCUCCUCCUCUCACGUCGUUUACUUUCCAUUCGGAGAAGGGCACUGAGCGACGAGAUCUUCCCUGGCUCGUGGGACAGGCAGAUGCCACGAAAGGCUCAGAGGCUUUCUCCAGCACGCGAGCCAUGCGGACAGCAGGACGAUGGUUUUUGUCUUUCCGCGGGCUGCAGAGCCUGCUGAACGAAGAGUUCUCGCGCCCGGAAGUCUCGCCGAAUGUGAUUUCGACUCUGCUCUCCAAGGCGGUGUUCAACCCACAAGAGUGGCGAGAUCGGCUGUCACUGACCGCUGCCCCAGGUGGGACGCCACCUCAAAGUAGCAGGACCUGGCCAAAGCACAUCCUGGUCGCGCAGGAGAAAAAAUAUAGUAUCAUCCUCUCUUUCUGGGGGAACAGCCCGGAGCCUUCGGUCGCCAUUGAGGGGGGCACCGGCAUGAGCUGGACGCUCGUUCUCGAAGGCGAGCUGGAGGAGCGUGCAGUGAACAUCGGUGCAGACGGGCCACAAGUGGUUCGAUCCAGCGUGCUAAAGGAGGAGAGCUGCUCUUUUCUGAGUCGGGAAGAGACAUCCGGUGCUGCCGGCGCAGACAUCAUUGAGCACAGCCACUCCUCUGAGACGCCGUGCGUCUCGCUGCACGUCUACCACCCACCGCUGCCCGAGGCCUGGAUGACCGGAUGA